CAAUGCACACUGAACACAGUCUGGAUACACCCUGAACGAGUGGACAGCGGGAUCUACAUGUCCUGGGAAAAAUUACACUUGCUGGAAAUUUGCUUCAGAUUGACUUUAGUUACUAACAGACUGGCUACUCACAGUGCAAGUUCAGUUUCUCGUUACCAUUUAGUGAAAACGAACCAGGACCAUUAUGAACCGAAAAACACGGCGCUGGAUAUUUCGCAUUUUCCUCUGUCUCGGAAUAAUCUACUUGAAAAUGGGAGGGUUCUCUACUGUAUUGGCGCUGGGAGCGAGCAUUAUAUGCAACAAAAUCCCCGGACUGGCCCCCAGACAGCGGAUCAUCUGUCAGAGCCGGCCUGACGCGAUCAUCGUGAUCGGAGAGGGCGCGCAGAUGGGCAUCAACGAGUGCCAGUUUCAGUUCAAAAGCGGCCGCUGGAACUGCUCCGCGCUCGGCGAGAGGACCGUCUUCGGAAAAGAGUUGAAAGUGGGAAGUAAAGAAGCCGCUUUCACAUAUGCCAUCAUCGCGGCAGGAGUGGCCCAUGCUAUAACAGCCGCCUGCACGCAGGGCAACCUCAGCGACUGCAGCUGCGACAAAGAGAAGCAGGGCUUCUAUGGUCAUGUAGACGGCUGGAAAUGGGGUGGCUGCUCAGCGGACAUCCGUCAUGGCCUGGGCUUCUCCAAAGUGUUUGUGGAUGCUAGAGAGAUUAAACACAGUGCCAGGACGCUUAUGAACCUACAUAACAAUGAAGUCGGACGAAAGGUCUUGGAAAGGAACAUGCGUUUGGAGUGUAAAUGUCAUGGUGUAUCUGGAUCAUGCACCACCAGAACCUGCUGGACGACUCUUCCCAAGUUCCGCCAGCUUGGCUUCAUCCUCAAAGAUAAAUACACCAAUGCUGUCCAUGUGGAGCCAGUGAAAGCCACCCGCCACAAACGGCCCACCUUCCUCAAAAUCAAAAAGCCCUACUCCUACCGCAAGCCUAUGGACACGGACCUGGUGUACAUCGAGAAAUCGCCCAAUUACUGCGAAGCAGAUCCUGUGACGGGCAGCGUUGGGACUCAGGGCCGGAUUUGCAAUAAAACGCUGAUGCAUCAUCCAAACGGCUGUGAUCUCAUGUGCUGCGGCCGAGGAUACAACACGCAUCAGUAUUCACGUGUGUGGCAGUGCAACUGCAAGUUUCUUUGGUGCUGUUAUGUCAAGUGCAACACUUGUAGCGAGAGGACAGAGGUGUACACGUGUAAAUGAGCAAAGUUUAUGGACUGCUUUACCUUUGUUGUUAAGUUGUUUUGCACAAGACCUAACUAAGACAUGCUUUCUUUACUUUAAUGGAAUAUCAUCAAGAUUGUCAAAGCUUUACUCUGAAGAAAGAAUUAAUUAUGAGAAAGAACAUGGAACUGAAGCAUGUAAAUCAUUUGUGAGGCUACACAUAUCAGUUUCCAUCUGUCUACUCUAAAUCUAGAGCAUUAUUCCAGUCUGGAAAAUCCUGAGGCUAUCUGGAAUAAAGUAAGGCUCUCUUGCUGUACAUGCUUUAAGACUGAUAACAGAUACCUGCACCUUGAAUUUACCAAUGGAGCUAUUGCGACAAGGAUGUCUUGGUAGAAAUGCAAUGAAACUCAGACACACGAUAUUCAAAGAUAUUUAACAAAUACUCCAAUAGAGCACAUCAGCAGGUAUUCAGAAGGUAAAAAUUCUAUUCAUUUUCUCCAUAAUUCUUUUUAGCGUUAAUGUAAACCUUUCAAGACAGAUCUGCCAUGAGCUCUGAGGUUAGGUGUUGACAUAUGCUUCUGUUGAAGCCACAAGUCAACUUAAUUGGCUAGUUGCAUAAGACGCCAUGUUUGAUUUCUGGUUUACAGAGUGUGGGCAUAACCACUUCCGGUUUCACCGGGCACCACUCCAGAGACGCCGUACACUCUGUAAUUGUUUAAGAGAAGUAGAAGCACACUUAAAACAACGGUGAACUCCUUCUGCCCACAGUCUCCUCCGUGCACACAUACAUACAUAAAACAUUCAGGAACAGCUAUCAAUGCAAGACACUACAACCCAAUCAAAUAACACAACAAAUUUCUCUCAACAGUUAGAGUAAAACAAUAAACAACAUUUCGACAUGUUACAGUAUGUAUGCAGUUACACUGAUGAAUAUGAAAUGAUAAUAAACAUAAGAAACAACAGUAACUCAUAGUUUCUGUGAACAUGAAUAAAUAAUGCUAGGCUUGUAUACAGAUUUGGUAAGAUAAACAAUUUGAAGUUGGAUAUACACCUGCAGGGUAAAUAAGGUCAUAUGAAUCCUCUGCUGGACAACAACCAAUGCAUUUUAUAAAGCUGCAAUUUCUGUUUGCGUCUUACGUCUGAUUACACAUGCAACUUUUUGGUAACACUUUACAAUAAGGUUCAAUUCUUAAACAUUUGUUAAUGCAUUUGGUAUAAUGAACAACAAUGAAAAAACAUUUCAGCAUUAUUCUAGGUUAAUGUUUCAUUUAAAUAUACUAUUGUACAUUGUUAAUUACCAUUUUGUUCAUAUGCCCCAUGUUAAUGUAUACAUAGAUAGAAAUGAACAUUAAUCUAAAUGUUAAUAAAUGCUGUAAAAGUAUUGUUAAUUGAUAUGUCACAUUAGCUAUUGCAUGUUGACUUACAGAAACUUGCUGUAAAGUGUUACCUACAAUUUUAACACUAUUUUCUUCAUACCGUUUUCAGCUCAUCGCUGCUGGUUGAGGCACACAACAAUGUAAAGUGAAUGUUAUCUCCUGUCGCUGAUAGACCCAUGCUGGUCUCAACCAAGUCUCUAACAAGUCUGCUUUGGAAGUUUCUUAUUUAAGCAACAAUAAAGGCCUGCUAACACCGCGAUUGCACCGUGGAUCUCACUCCGUUUCAGUGAGCGCUCAUAUGACCAGACGUAUACAUGCACACAUUCGUGUAGCGAAAGAUCAUAGGUGCCAUCUUGUGCACCUAGCCAAUAAAAAAAAAAAAAGUUGUUGAUUUCCUGGAGAACUACACUACCCAUAAUCCUAAAGAGAGAUUCACCAAUCAGAGAAGUUCCUGUUACCAUGACAAUAUGAAUUGCUGAAAAAGAACACUGCAAAAAUCUUAUUCUUAGUAUUUUUGUCUUGUUUUCAUUCUUAAAGGAAUAUUACAGGUUCAAUACAAGUUAAGCUCAAUUGACAGCAUCUGUGGCAUAAAGCAAAAAUCGAGGUUCCAGUGAGGCACUUACAAUGGAAUUCAAUGGGGCCAAUCCGUAAAUGUUAAAAUACUCACUGUUUCAAAAGUAUAGUCACAAGAGAUAAACAAUAUGCAUGUUAACAUGAUUUUAGUGUGAUAAAAUUGCUUACUAACCUUUUCUGUGUACAGUUAUAUCCAAUUUUACAACUUCGUUGCCACGACGACGUAAUGCCGUAAACUCAAACUACCUAAAAACGUAAAAUGAUUUAAACACUUUUACAGCUCAAAUAAUGCAUGAGUUUUAACAGAAGAAUUAAUGUGAGCUUUUAUAAAAUUAUAAGCUUCAAAUUUCUGUUUAAACCCUCCAAAAAUUGGCGCCAUUCACUCCCAUUGUAAAAAUCACUGUAACCUUGAUUUUACUUUUUUUUUGGGAAAAGGAUGGACGAGUCAAAAUAAAUGUUUUUGUGGUAAUGGUAUUGAUUGAUUUGGUUACACCGGGCAUGUCCAUUGACUACGUUUUAAAUGUCUUGAGGCUGUCUACACUGGACGCGUCGAAAGCAAAAUUUUAAACUGUCUAUUUGUCUUGUUGGCAGGACAGACUGAUCUCACAGUGAAACUGGUGAAAUUGGAAAAAGUAGGUUGGCUUUUCUUUAGCUAAAAUUGGUCUGUGCUUUCCGAAAUUCGAAACACUGCCCCCAGUAGCCAAAGCAGUAAGUCUUGUUGGGUGCAUGGGCAUGUGUGAGCUCCAUUUACCGGGUGAAAUGUCCAUGGAGGGAUGCCAAAAUCGAAUUGUUUUAACUGUACAGAAUGUAAUACAGUGAAGAGGAAUACAUGUUUUAUAAACUGUACCCCCCCCCCCCCCCAAACCCCAAAACCUAAAUUGUAACCUUAAGUGUAGUAAAAAUUUAAUGUGCAACCUCCAAAUCCCGCUAGUCACUGAUUAUGCGAACGCGAUUACUUUCCCACUCUGCUGAUGUGACGUGCACCCAGUCGUGCCACAGGGGAAGGUAAACACGCUGGACAAAUGCAAACAUGUCUGAUAGGCGAUGCCGCUUGUCAGUGAGUCGGCAUAAUGUGGCCGAUCCUAGGGUACUGGGAGUAUUGGAAACAACAUGCUGACCUCCCGUGUGAUCAUGUUGCAAUGGAACAGAACAUCAGUUUACUGUCGGCACGAUGGACACUUCCAGUGUGGACAGCUUCAUUGAUUAUAAUGGGAUCUAUUCACUUUUGGCGUGAUGCGCCGCUCGUGUCCGGUGUAGACAGGAUGUAACUUGUAUUGAACCCGGAAUAUUCCUUUAAAACAAGAUAAAUUUACUUGAGAUGCAAAAUGACAUAUUUGUCUUGUUUUCAGAGAAAUUACCCCACUUUAUUAUUAUUUCUUUGAAAAGACAGGACUUAAUAUCUUCUGUCAUUCUGCUUCUAAAGUGAUUUUUUCAUGUUUUAGGGAUGUUUAGAUAUUUUACUGGAAAAUAAGACAAAAAUACUAUGGCAGUGAACUCCCAUAAAGCAUUGUGAAUGACAUAAUCAAUUCUAUCUCUUUUAACUCUCUUAAAACUACUUAUAUACUAUAUUUGCAUAUAUUUGAGUAUUUUCCAAUAAACUUAAAUCUAUAUUGUUUAUAGUUAUAUUCAAUGAGUCGAUGAGUUUAAUUUGGUACCAUUGUUUCUGAUUUGAUUACAUCAUUCACAAUGCUUAUUGGGAUGAGUAGUUCAUCCCAUUAGUAGUAUUUUCUUUUUGUCUGAUUUUUAAAUACUUCUUUGCUUCACAUAAAAGUUUUUAAUGUUGUGAUUCGCCUUUGAGCAGGUUGGUUUGGUUCAUAAUUACUUGGAUCUCUUUAUUGAAGAAUUUCUUUAAAUUCUCAUGGAGAAAAUGAAUGGAAAAAAUACUUUGGAAACCAAGACGUCUGAAAAAGCGAGCGGUCACUAUUGCGCAGUGUUGUUAAAUCAAAUCAGUUGUUUGGAGGAAUUUAUUUAUUAAAAAGCCUAUUGAUAACUGUAAUUCAAAGAAAGCAGCUCCGCAUGUUUUUGAAAGCUGAAUUUAUUCAGAAAUUCUGACAAAAAAGAUUUACACUGAACUCUAAUGUAUCUACUGAAAUAAUAGGUUUUAUUAGUUUACAUGAUGCAUUUUUAUGAGAAAACAAGUGAUGUUUCUUUCUUCGAGAAAUUCCCUGUUUGCUGCUAGUCUGGAAUAAUCACAUUUGCUGUAAUAUUGAGAAACUACUGACCACAAGCUUUUUGUAACUGGAAUAGUGAUAAAUCCAGACACAGAAUUUACACUGAAAAUAUUGGUAAGAGAGUAUAUUUUGUGAAAGAGUAUUUUUAUAUGAAUGUUUUAUUUAUGAUGUCAUGUAUGAAAACUCAGAAAAGUGCAUUCCUGUUGCAUUAUGCAAUAACUGUAAUUUGUUGGUGACAAAGUUGGAAAGUGGAUGUUAGUUAUUAAAAUCAAACUUAGAUUGUGCAAACAUGUGAUGUUAUUUAGUCUGUGUUUUAAACGUUCCUCAUGUGCCUGAGCAUUUAAACACACAUAGCUUAUCAGGCUAAAUAAACAUUACACAACAGUAAUAUGCACAAGCGCUCAAUUCUGGACAGUAAUUCUGGGUUUCAGUUAAUAGUAGUAAUUGAGGACCUCAGUGAGUGUACUGGUGAUGACUUGCUUUAGUGGGCAGAGCAGCAGCUGUCAGGUGAUUCAUCACUCUGACAUUUCUUUCAUUCAAAGCUUUGCUGCUAGUUGCUAAACAACUCCAUUGACUGUUACAAAAUGUCGGCCAGCCACCCAGAGAAAGUCAGACUUGCCUUAAGUGCUGAUGUGUCUUUACAGUCUCUAAAAAGGAAAAACCUAUACACUUGAAAAGACCGCAAUGAAAAAUAAUACAAAGUACUGCUUUCAAGAUCAGAUGGUGUUGGCAUGCCAUUUUAUACAUCAGUAAGUUUACAUGGCAUUGAACAGUUGAAAUAUUAAUAUAAAAUUAAAGACUUCUGAAUGACAAUCAAUGCAGGGAAUCAAAGAUUGGUGUUCUUCUCACAUAGUUUUAUAGAAGCCUUGUCAAAUGCUUUGCAUUUACUCAUUGUGCAGAGUGUUUGUUGCCUUAACACUCUUAUACUGUAUGUUGAGCAUGAAAUUCACCAAUGGAAAGAUGCAUUUCUGCCCACUUAAUGUCCAAUGAUGCAACAGAAGUUCUCGAACUUACUUAAGUUCAACCAAAUGAAUCAUUGUACACACCACAACAUUAAACCAUUGAA